GUUCAGGAGGUGUAGUUGAACAAGAUGGAUUCGAGAAUUGUGUGUUUGUGUCUCUUGGUGUUAUUUGUGGAUAAGUCGAGGACCCAGCCUGUAAACAACACCACUACAGGAGAAGAGUGCAUCUCAAAUGAUGAGUGCAUUUCAGGGAAGAUAUGCAUAGCUAAAAAAUGCACAGAUCCCUGUGAUGGUGUGUGUGGACUGAACACAAUUUGUGUGGUACAAGAAGGAGAUCCUUUGUGUUCCUGUAAAACUGGCUACGAUGGAGACCCGUUUACGGAAUGUAAGCCAGAAAAUGCAGAAUGCACGGACGACUCCAUGUGUACAACAGACAAGACCUGUAUUGGCCACAAGUGUGUAGACCCUUGUAUGGACCAUUGUGGGCUCAAUACCGUGUGUAGAGUGGUCAACCAUCGACCAGUGUGUGCCUGCCUCAAAGGAUUCCUCCACACUCUAGACAAAGGCUGCCUUCCUGAGAGUUCAACUGACAAUAAGGAAAACAAACAAAAAACAAUUAAAGGGAAUAAAAUCUUCAUACUUGUCAAUGAAAAGAAAGCAUGGUAUCGCGCCUAUGUACACUGCCGUGAUCAUGGAAUGAAUCUGGCGGCAAUCGAAAAUGAUGACGAAUGGAACAAUUUUGCUUCAACCAUCCGUAAUAAAGUUUUGGACGUUAGCGCAUGGAUUGGUGGUAAUGCCGAGCGCCGUUAUCCAGAUUUCCGAUGGAUAUCCACUGGACAACCACUUUCAUAUACACAUUGGAGGGCUGGUGAGCCUAGUGGGUUUUUCCACUGCUUGGCAGCUUCCCGUGAGGGAUUUGCUAACUACGAUUGUUACCAGUUUCGUAGUUUUGUAUGUGAACUUAGUAAAAUCGAAGGCUGAAAAGUGAAUCCCUAAAUCUAGAUCAUAGGCACGCAAUUUAAUCGAUGAUUAUCCUGUAAAGUAAAUAUUCCAAGUUGUAUUUAUUUGUAUAUUUUCUCUUAGUUAUUCUUUCUUUUUCUUACCUAUACAGCCAUAGCAAUUUUUUGUCCCUGAUUCCCAAUCAAAUAAAGAGAAAUGUCAAAGAAAGUUAUUCAUCUUUACUCUUUCUCCCCUACACGUAGCAUAUACUUACUAAGUUGAACUUUCUAUGUUGAGAAAGUUACUUAUCAUCAACACUUUUUGUUUGAGUUUUUGAUGGUUGUGACCGUUUUGGUAACCCUUGAUCGGCAAAACUUUCCCUCCCUGCCACAGCAAACCUGCAGGUUUUGGUUGGAUUUAUCA